CUCCCACAUCGGCUGAUGAAACAACUUGCUUCCAGUAUACAUACUCUAUCAUGGAAGCACUGAGCGUCCCUUCGGGGACAUCCGAUAAAAUUGGAACGAUACAGAGAAGAUUAGCAUGGCCCCUGCGCAAGGAUGACACGCACAAAUCGAGAAAUGGUCCAAAUUUUUUUCCCCCAAAAAACCCAUGGAUCCCUUGUUCCCCUGUGAAAAUUCAGUGAGUAUUCGCUAAGCUGCACUUGAGUUUUGGAUUUCCUUAAAAGUUUAGGGUUUUCCAUUUCCCUAACCUGCUUUACCGCGUUUGGGAUUCUGAUACGUGCGAUGCUAUUGAGAUUGGAAAUCCUUUUAACCUCUUAUGAUGGCCAUUGAACUGGGAAUGCUGAAUUCAAGGUCACCAGAUCUUUCAAAAAUGAGAUGAUGGAGAGCCAACCUCAUGCAAAAGAGAUUGGUUUAAGAACAUUGCUUUGGAGAUUGGUGUCUCAAUUUUGUCUUCCUAUUUGAAGCAAAUGUUAAUUACUUGAACUAUAUUUUUAAAAAAGUUGGAUUUUGCACAUUUAUAUAUUAUUAUAUGCUGGGGCGAAAUGUGCUUCAGAAAUUGCAUUGAGAUCUUUUCACUUUUAGGAUUUUACAGUUAUAAAAACCCAAGCAUCAGACUUUAGCACCGUACUGCUGACUGUAUAGGAAAUGAGGCGUUGUUGCCAGAACCUCCUGCGAAGAGCCUCGUCAGGACUACCCUUACGCCCUCACUCAUCAUCAUCCUCCUCAUCGAACAACAAGAGCACAUUCAGACAUAUCAUCAUCGGCUCCAAUGCAGCGGCAUCAAGUCCGAGUGUGUCGAUUUGGAGACGUAAGAAGGAAAUGGGGAAAGAAGGUCUAAUGGUGGCCAAGGAACUCAAGCGGUUACAGUCAGACCCUAUUCGGCUUGAACGGUUUAUGAAAUCAAAUGUUUCUCGACUUCUCAAAUCUGACCUCCUCGCUGUCCUCGCCGAAUUCCAGAGACAAGACCUUAUCUUUCUUUCCAUGAAGAUGUAUGAAGUGGUGCGUAAAGAGAUAUGGUAUCGGCCAGAUAUGUUUUUUUAUAGGGAUAUGCUUUUGAUGCUUGCAAAGAACAAAAGGGUAGAUGAAGCAAAGAAGGUGUGGGAAGAUUUGAAGAGUGAAGGUGUCCUUUUUGAUCAACAUACAUUUGGUGACCUUGUGAGGGAAUUUUUGGAUAGUGGAUUGUCUGAUGAGGCAAUGCAUAUAUACGAUGAAAUGAGAAGCUCUACUGAUCCCCCUUUAUCUUUGCCUUACCGAGUCAUAUUAAAAGGGCUUCUUCCUUAUCCAGAUUUGAGAGAAAAGGUUAAGGGUGACUUUCUUGAACUUUUUCCGGAUAUGAUCAUUUAUGAUCCUCCUGAAGACUUAUUUGAUGAUGAAGAGUGGAGAAAGGAGAGUGAGGAGGAGAUUAUAAGGUGAUGGGAAUGAGUUGAGCCUGCAAUUUGAGGAGAAAAUAGGAUAAUCAUUGGGAAUGCCCUUAGAAUGAUGCCCAAGAAUUUCAUCUGCUAACUAACAAUCUUGAUGCUUAUGAACUCAGUCAUAUAUACCUGUUUUGAUUUACUUACAUGGUCUGUAAAUCAAUGAUAGAAUUGUAGAAAGUUGGGAUUCUAUUAAAAUUAAUAGUUGAAUGAUGUUUAAGAUUCUUGCUU